GCAGACAGCUAGCUGUGUCUGUCUCGGGUAGGAACAGGGAUGGGGAGGUUGAAGCUAAAGGGGCAUUUAUUGUCUAGCACCUCAUACUGUUGAAAUAACACAGUGAUAAUAUCAUAAAUACCUUCCAUUUUUUACUCUGACUUGAUACAAUAUAACCACACAGCACUAAUGGUAAUACUGCAGGUUAAUGUACUGACCACGAACCACGCCCACUUGUGCCACGCCCCCUUUAUAUUGUCAUCGCGGGGUUUCGUUCUGGGAGUUUCCCCUUGGCGUGACUCGGGGCGUGACUUUUUUUGGGGGCGGUAUUAUCGGUGAUUAUGUAAACUGGUGAUAACUUAAAUUUCGACGAGACUUGAUAUAUCACUGAAUUUAAUAUUCGCUAUAAUGUUUAUGUCAUACCCCCCGUCCCCCCAAACCCGUUAUAGUCACGGGAUAUACGACAAUCUUGGGAAAUAUAGGCCUAGUUGUUUGUUCCAACUGUACAAGGCUCUUAGUACUCCCCUCUAAUCGAUCCCUUUCACAUCCACGGGACAAACCAGCCUUUCAAAUUUACACAAACGUAGGCCAGUCUAACAAUCAUAAAAUAAGAUUGGAGACUCAUGUGUUUAGCUAAAAAGAUAUGGUUGAGUCAACAACUUGAACAACAGAACUCGCAGAGCAAAGUGGACACCACAGGAGUGCAGAUCUCAAACAUUGAUGUUCAGAAGUUUUUGCCGGGGUUCAGGAAGUGGGUCACCAACACGGGCCACCAACACCAGACCGGUGACGAGUGAAGUAAAAAGCUUCAACCAUGAGUGUGCAAAAGGCUCCGAAUGAUAAAUUCUUCUAUUUCUGCUACGCUAGCAAUCUAUUGAAGUCGAGGUUUCAUCUUUAUGUGCCAUCAGCCGCGUUUGUAAGCCCAGCGAAACUUGAGGGUUAUAGAUUGAAUUUCCGCAGCUACCCUGGAUGGACCCUCGAAACGAGUCAAUGGAGAGGGUCGUUAUGUUCCAUAGAAGAGGAUCAACAGGCCCAUGUAUGGGGAGCAAUAUGGAGACUGGAUAAAUCAGAUGUCCAAGGACUGUAUCCGACCCUCUACCGAUACUCUUCACCGGAAAUCACAGUAACAACCCCAGAGGGCCACGCCUACUUAUGCCACACCUACCAUAUGGCACCUGACUUAGAGGGGGCCAAUGAGGAGCCUCCGUCACCCCACUACAUGAAGGUCAUGAUCGAGGGCGCUAUAGAAUCAAACCUGCCUACGUCUUACGUUGACUACCUAAAAACAAUCAAGGACAAUGGCGAUACCAAUCCUCCACCUGUCAUGGCUCAAAUAUAUAAGAAAUAGAGUGUGGUCAUGAAAGUUAAGUGAGACUUGCAUAAAUACUGAAAUUCAAAUUAUCAAGAAGACUCCAAAAUAUUAAAAUCAUAUUUUCCAUUUGUAGGGCAUCUUCUUUGGAGGGAAGGUAGAAAAGCAGUUGACUCCUAUUACAGAUUCUUUUUUUUUAAUCAAAUGCUAUAAAACUGUAAGAAUGCACAUGGAAAGAAAACAUUCAAAUCGUACAUUUAAAACAAUUUUAUUAAAUAGAAUGUGAAAUAUAUUUGUACAUUAUAUACAUAUAAUAACAAUAUACUGGAUAAUACAUGCCGAAUUACAAACAUUAGGACGGUUUCAUAUAUAGAUACAGAUUUUUCAGGAAAGCCCAGAGGUCAUUUUGGACGGAUUUCUGGAAUUGUUUGUUACAAUAAAGUAGAGUAAAGGGGAAAUUCCUUAGGUUAUAGCGUGACAAUUCUUGAUACUUGUUUGACCUACUAUAACUUUGUUUUUAUCGUUGUACAUGUACUUCAGUAAAUUUUCUUGUCUUAUCUCCUAAUUGUAAACCUAAUGUGUUCUUUCACGAAUAUAGGCAUUUCAAUCUUUGGUCUUAUAACAAUUCCCUCAACACAGAACAACACACAACUUCAGCAUUAAAGACAGAAUUUGAUCUUAUUUGUUUGAAAUUUAUCUUGUUCCCUGAACAUUUCAUUCCUCCAUUCUUAAUUUUUUAUUUUGCAGCUUGCACCUAAUGACAUGUUUUUGUUUGAUCUGUUAAGGAAUGCAAAUUUUCAUUGAAACAUGAUUUAUCCACAUAUCAAAUGAUUCAACUUUUCACUAUCUGUAAGACCACUCAAGAUGUAUAUAGUAUAAGUGAUAGUGAUAUAUGAUAAUCAGAACCUGAAAAAGAUAAGUGUCAAAAUGAAUA